AUGACCAUACGUCAACGGCGACAUUCCAAAGCCUGUCGUGGCCGGCACAGAAACAACAAUAACGCUAAACAACGGAGCGACAAGGACAACGCCUCCAAUGCGCCAAUCAAACUCAAAUGUAGCUACUGCAAGAAAAAGGGGCACAAGGCUGCCGAUUGUUACUGUAAGGCAAAAGCGGACGCGCAAAGUGCCAGCGCAGCAAACGAGAUAUUUUCUGCAAUUGUCGGCGAUGACGCAUCACACUCCGUGGAAUCGGCAUGGAAUACUGUUUGCGAUCCAAAAUGGUGUCUCGAUAGUGGAUGCACAUCGUACUUAUGCAACGAUUCCGAGCUGUUCACCAGUUCACAUCAAUUAAACAGUGGUAUUAAACUGGCGAGCGAUGCAACGGCCCCCGCAACGGCCAAGGGCGACGUACAGAAUACGCUAUACGUACCGACCUUGCGUACAAACCUCAUAUCUGUCGCCAAAAUAAUCGACAAAAAGCAUCAGGUCUUAUUUACUGAGGAUCGUGCCUACAUCAAGGACGCCCAUGGAAACACAAAAAUGAUAGUCGACCGCGUAGGUAAUCUAUUUUAUCUGCGAAGAGGGGAAGAUGCAGCAUGUACUAUCUCAAGCGACGAACAAGGCCAAAGAGUAGUAUUAAAAGCUCGGACAUCUAAAUUGGUAAAGUAUGCUACUAAUGCUAAGAAAUAA